AUGACUACCUCACUUAACAGCGACACAACAAAGCCUACGAAACAAAUUCUGGUUCUAGGCGCUGGAUUUGUAGCCCGUCCGUGCGUCGAAUAUCUCGCCCGAGAGCCAUCGAACAAGAUAACAAUUGCUUGUCGCACCCUUUCUGCCGCUGAGGCCUGCGGAGCUGGCUUGCCUUCUAUUUCAGCUAUUUCUCUCGAUGUUUCGGACACUCCGACACUGGAAGCAGCCGUCGCCGCACAUGACCUCGUUAUCUCGCUCGUCCCUUAUACUUACCAUGCCACCGUGAUCAAAGCCGCCAUCCAGGGGAAGACCAAUGUCGUUACAACAUCCUACGUUUCUCCGGCAAUGCGAGACCUCGAGCCGGCAGCACGGGAAGCAGGAAUCGUUGUUUUAAAUGAGGUCGGUGUGGACCCUGGCAUCGACCAUCUCUACGCCAUCAAAGUCAUCGAAGACACCCACGCAAAAGGUGGUAAGAUCAAAGAAUUCUUCUCCUGUUGUGGCGGUCUCCCCGCUCCAGAGGCCACAAAUAAUCCACUACGAUACAAGUUCUCGUGGUCUGUGCGCGGUGGCCUUCUUGUUUGCUUUACCCCUGCCUCUGUACUCUCCUCUGGAGUUGUCAAGCACAUAUCGGGAGCCGAUCUUAUGCAACAUGCUCAUCCUUACUCAAUCCCCCCGAAUUUCUCGUUUGUUGCUUUCCCAAAUCGCAACUCACUUCCUUUCCAAACAUAUUACAAUAUCCCGGAGGCAGAAACUGUCAUUCGAAGCACCCUUCGGCAUGAGGGCUUCACCGAAUUCGUCAUCGCAUUCAGCAAACUUGGUUUAUUGGACAGCGAGCCCAAGGAAUGGCUCCAAGACGGGAUAGAAUGGCGGGAGCUAACCCGACGACUCGCUGGCGCCAAUGCUUAUGACGAGGAGACGCUCGCUUCGCGAAUCAAAACCAUCUGUUCAUUUUCAUCCGACCUGGAGAAUGACCGCAUCGUGGACGGGCUGCGCUGGCUGGGUUUGUUCUCGACAGACAAGGUUCUUGCUCGCAAUCAUAAUUUGUUCGAUACGUUCUGUGCCCAUUUGGAGGGUCAGAUGAAAUAUCAACCUGGAGAACGUGACAUGAUCAUGCUUCAGCAUAAAUUUGUUGUCCAAUGGGCAGAUGGGAAACAAGAGACGAUAACCUCGACUCUUGAAGCGUAUGGGACGCCAGGUGGUCACUCCGCGAUGGCAUUGACGGUCGGUAUUCCGUGCGGAAUUGCGUCGCAACUAGUGUUGGAUGGUGUGAUCAAAACUCCAGGCGUUCAUGCACCUUAUUCCAAGGACAUAUGUGAUCCAAUUCGCGAGAAGGUUGAGCUUGAGGGACUUGGUUUAGUUGAACGAGUUUUGUAG